AUGACCGACAACAACAACAACAACAACAACAACAACAACAACAAUCAACCAAUAAUAUCAUUUAUAAAUGUUUAUCGUGUAUCAUAUCUAAGACAGUUGAUAUUCAAAUACAUUGAAGAUAUUACACAACAACAAUCACUGGUUGUUAAAAAGAAAUGGCUAAAAGGAAAGGAUAUUGUUAAUUUACCAUUUCUUGCAAUGAUCUCACAGUUUGCUAUGCCAUGGUCAUUUGUCAAACACUAUAUAUAUCCAUCAAAAGGAGGAGGAGGAGGAACGGGAGGAGAAAAGGCGGCAGUAUUUGAAAGAAGAAUGCAUGUGAUUACACAAUACUGCUCACAUCGAAAUGCGACAUUGGAUACACUAUUGCAUCUAUUGGAAUGGUCUCCAGGGUACGAUCCUCAACAAAACAAACAAAAUCAUAUAUACUAUGCUAACUUGGUACCAUCGAUUGCAUCAUCUGGAAAUAAAGAUAUCCUAGAAUACCUAAUCAAAAGAUACCCAAACAUUGAGAUACUCAAUGCAAAGGCAUCGGCAGCUGCCAGUGGACACUUGGACAUUUUAAAGAUGUUGGAUUCUUGUAAUGGAAACUACUGCCAUGCAAUGGAUCGAGCCGCCGAAAAUGGUCAUUUAAAUAUUGUCAUCUAUCUACACAACAAAGGUGAACAAUGUACCACUCUUGCAAUGGAUGGUGCAUCUAUGUUUGGUCAUUUAGAUGUCAUAAAGUUUCUCCAUCAAAAUAGAACUGAAGGUUGUUCACAAGACUGUUAUAAAAAUGCUGCUCAAAGUGGUCACUUUGAAAUUAUCAAGUUUCUACAUGAAAAUCGAACAGAGAAAUCACCAAAUGCUCUUCACUGUGCAGCACGGAUGGGUCAUUUCGAAAUUGUCAAAUUUCUACAUGAAAAUCGUACAGAGCCAUGUACUAUCAAUACUAUGAAUGUUGCUGCAGAGUUUGGACAUUUCGAGGUGGUUAAAUAUUUACAUUUCAAUAGAACUGAGGGAUGUAAUAUGCAUGCUAUGAACAAAGCCUCUGAAAAUGGGUAUUUUGACAUUGUAGAAUUCCUACAUUUUCAUAGAAGUGAAGGUUGCUCAACACAUGCUGUUGAUUUUGCUGCGGCUGGUGGAUACAGUGAUAUUGUCAAAUUUCUACACGAAAAUAGAACAGAAGGAUGUUCAAUCAUUGCAAUGGAUACUGUAAUCAUUAAAAAUGGUCCAUUAAAAAUGAUAUCAUAUCUACGUGAUCGUAUGAGGGCUGGAUGUACACGCCACUCGGUUGAUUAUGCUGCUAAACAUGGUCGACUUGAUAUUAUUCAAUAUCUCUAUCAACAUCAUUCAUUCGACAAAAUAUGGCACCCCGAGGCCAUGGAUCAUGCCGCGUACAAUGGUCAUAUAGAUAUCGUAAAGUUCUUACAUGAAAAUAGAACAGAAGGAUGUACAACAACAGCCUUGAAUACAGCCUGUAUGAAUGGCCAUUUUGAAAUCGUAAAGUUCUUACAUGAAAAUAGAACAGAAGGAUGUACAACAGAUGCACUGGAUUUGGCUAGUCGUAAACACCUGGAAAUUGUCAAGUUUUUACAUUUUAAUAGGACAGAAGGAUGUACAAUCAUGGCUAUGGGAAAGGCAGCACAAAUGGGCAGAUUAGAUAUAGUAGAGUUUCUCCAUAAACAUCGAAAGGAGAAAUGUAAUGGAGCUUUACUUUACCCUGAUUCCUCUUCCCAAAUAAAGAAGAACGAAGAAGAAGAAGAAGAAGAAGAAUUUAUUUGA